AUGGACUCCUCGUCGGCUCCUCUGGCUCACUACUUCUGGAUUGCCGGGGUAGAAUCAAUCUCCUACGAAGAUGCCCCCCAGGCCGUAGUGCCGGUUGACGACACCAUCGCCGAAGACGGUGAGCCUGAUAAUGGCGUAAUCGUCAACGGCCAGCAUCGGGCCAAUGCCGCCCGCCACUCACGCCAGAACUCGGCCAACCGCCUCUCCAAAAUAUCCUUCGACGCCCAUUCCACGACAAGUACUCUCGAUGACCUCGAGAGCACCCGCAGCAACCGAAGCAGUGCAACCAUUCGUCCUAGCAGUAAAUUGCCUCCUGCUGCAAAUGGCUCCAAUGGUGCUCCUCCCGAGGACGGCCUGCCGCCUGGUGCUCGCAUGGGCGAUGUCGACUUUGACAGAGCCUUGCUCAAAUUCGCUGCUGAACGAGAGAACUUUCUCGAGGAUCUCUCAUUCACAGCUGGUGCCAGGGUCCAGGCAAGAGCUCCCAUGGUCAACCCUCGUGCGGAGCGCAUUAAAGCCGAUGAAGUUCCUAGCGGCCGAAUGAGUCCGCUGCGCAGUCUAAAAGGCAGUAUUCGCCGAAAGAUUAGCUUUCGAGAAAUGAGCAGCACAAAACGGCAGGGAAACAUCCACAAGAGCAGCAGCAUGAAUGGAGCUGCCUCUGUCCGCACCGCGAAACGCCUCAGCAACUACAAUUCAGUAAUUCCCCCUCCCGAGCCGCUCAAUGCCGACCCGGACAUGCACCCGCUCAAGCGUCGCUUCGAACCUGUCCUGUUGGACCGAUAUCCCCCCAAGAGUGCUACCGAGGAGGUCCCACGACGGGGCCGAUUUCCCGAUUAUGUGCCAAUGUUCGCCUUCCCCAACGACAUUCAGAUUGUUUCCUCGGACGAACGACCGCGCUCGACAUGGCAUGGUUUUACCAUGACAUCUGAAGAUAACAGCAAAUUAUAUGGCAUCUCCAUCAUCAUAUGGACAGCCUUGUCUGCCGACGUUGCUGAUGAGGUAGAAAUAAAAUGCGAGCAGUGGCGCCAGAGCCACAUGUCAAAUGAAGAGCGCGAGCUCGCCGCGAGCUUGGGCAUCCGGUUGGCCGGCGAGCGGACGCACCUUUCACAACUGCUUUCCAAGCUGCCUACGAUACCCUCCGGGUCUGCCGCUCGCGAUAGGCUUGAAGACGAAAUCAGCACCGUCGAAGAAAAGAUUGCGCUCAUGACGGACAUGCUGCGUCCACUUCGCCAUGGAGCUGCAUCCAAGAUUGAAGGACUUACCGCUGGUGAAAGUGGACUGUGGGUUCCUCGCGCCUAUGGUGUUUUAGGUAAAGACGCUGCCAACAUGUCGUUCUGGAAGGAAUGGCUCAAGGCCAUUGUCGUUCCCAUGACCGAUGGAGCUGUUCUCCGGAUACCACCAAGCUCGCCCAGAGUCGGCCGCUGGCAGCCGCUCGAGCGUUAUGUCGUCAACUUGUGUACAGAGGCGUUUAGUCCGCUUGGGUCCAAAACUCAGGUCGAAAUGGGCAUCCGAGAGCUGAAGCUUUAUGCUCGCAAGGAGGCCACCAACGAGAUCCCCGGCUCCCGAACCAUUGACCUGUACGCCCUGUUUCGGUGCUUGUCGCUGGAGAACAUUGUUGCUCUCUAUGAAUACGCCAUGUCUGAAUCUCGCAUCAUUUUCCUUUCCUCACACACCAGCAUGCUCCAUCUGGCUUGCCACGCGUUGGCCAACCUGCUGUACCCUCUGAAGUGGGCCAGCAUUUUCAUUCCCAUUCUUCCCGCCAGACUGAUAUCUGCUCUCGAGGCUCCUUGUCCUUACAUUGUUGGUGUCGAGCGACGAUACGAUCGCAUUGAUCUGCCUGACGAUGACUACGUCCUGGUCGACCUUGACAAGGAUACCAUUGAUGCAACAUCGCAGCCCCACCGACUGCCUCGCCAGCAAAGGCGAAAGCUCAUGUCGCUUCUUCAGGUCGCUGCGCCUCAUCGAAUCCGUUACGGCGUCGUUGAAGGGCCACCACCAUACGCCGUUGAGUCAUUCCCUUAUGAUGCCUUCUCGACCGAGAAUGGGUCCAUCUUCAACUCGAGAGCUAGCGAGAGCACGCUGGGCAAGUGGGUGUCGCAAAAUUCGUCGAGCUUCGAUGGGCCCCUGGCUGCAUCUGCUCUGCAACCUCCCGUGUUCAAUGCCUUCACAGAGGCCGUUACCGACAACGGCAAAUCGGACCGCCCUGGAACCAGCAAGUCGAGCAGGACGAGCCCCAAAUCUUCGGUGUCACCCGAUUCUACCCACUUUCCCCCAAUCCCAUCGACUCCGACGACACCAAUCUCUAGAAGCGAUUCUGGGUUCGCGUUGACAGCAACCCUGCGAGAGAAGCGCUCUGGUCACUUUGGUGAAGAAAAGAUGCGCCGCAGCUCUUCAUUUGGCAUGGAUAAGUUCCAGCCAAUGCAUCGGCCCAGUCUUCCCUUCCUCAAUGGCCAUCAGGCGAACCUCAGCAUUUCGGGAAUUUCCAUUGAUUCCCAGGCGACUGGGUACGGUGGCGGCGGAGGCGGCUAUGCACCGUCAACGUACGCACAGUCUACUUUGGCGGCAUCCACCAUUAUGCCCAGCAUGCAAAUCCAGCCUGUGCGCAACACCGAAACGACGGUAUGGGUCGAAGGUCACUGCUUCAACCUGGACCGCAAAGAUGCUAAUUCGACAUGCACUAUUUGCGCUGAAAGGGCAGAUGCUGAGGGCAUGUAUCACUGCUCCGCAUGCAAGACGGUCUCGCAUGGUCGCUGUUUGGGCGUCGCUUCGCUCGUCUGCCCUCAGGCGUUCCACCCAGACCGUGUUCGCGCCGCCUUUGUUCGCUGCCAGGCCAGCUUGCUCUACACAUAUCGCAAGCAGCUAGGCCGCCCAUCGAAACAACAGCGCUCCAACGGACAGAUUUACGCUUUUGACAUGGAUGGUUUCAUUAAGAGUCUCCCACAUGAGCAGCAAGAAUAUGCCGUUAUGAUGCGCGACACGCAGCUAUUCAACGAGUUUAUCCACGAACGAGAGCUGACGGCGCCGACUGAGCCGUCGAUUCGACUGUUUGACGAGGUCAUCAUGGCCAAGAAGGCGCGUGGUCGUCCCGGUCUUUCGUCUGGCCUGUCGACUCUCUCGCGUCUUUCGUCAAUUCGUGUAUCCCACGGUGCGUCCGCCAACGCUUUUGGCCUUGCGCCGCCACGCGGCUCCGGCAAGCCACCAAGCUAUCUCAGCGAUGCGUCCGACCACAUCUGGCGGACCGCUGCGGUGCCAGUGCCAAAGGGCAACUUUACUGGGGAGUAUCGCUCAGUUGUCACGCGAGUGCCGGCCCGCCUGGAUCGCACUCUGAUGCGAGAGCCGCGGGCCAUUCAAGGUGUGCCUCGGGUGGAGCAACGUGGUUCUCGCGGUCUUGUCCGAAAGCAAGUCGCCAGCAUGCUGGGCACCACGCCGCCGCCUUGA